GUUUAUUAAUGUUAUUAAGUGCUUUAUAUCAUUAAACGGUCUAGUUAGUGAGCAUUGGUUGUACGUUGCUGUAUCGCUGUUGAAUAAUAGUCAAAAGGUGAUCUGCAAGGUUGUUAAAUCAUGGAGAAAACCAGAUUACUUGAAACACAACAACAAAUGGAUGAGGUUGUAGAUAUAAUGAGAGAUAAUUUAGACAACAUAAUAAAAAGAGACGAUAAAUUGGAAAAACUGGAAAGAAAAUCGUAUCAGGUGAAAGAAGAUGCAAAGAUAUUUAAACAAAGUGCUGUUGGCAUCAAACGCAAAAUGUGGUGGAGGAAUCGAAAGAUGUGGAUAAUUCUUAUUGUUGUUGUGCUCGUAAUUAUCGCUGCCAUUGUUGUUUGGUUUACAGCUUUGAAGUAAACUAAGUUGCUCUGAAUUCCGUGAAUCGGUGGUUAAUUUUAGUUGGGUUUUACAUAACACCUUCGGUGUUUAAAUUAUUUAAAACGGCUUACAGUCAACUGCAGAGUUUUUAGACCGAAAUCACGGCUCCUUCACAAUGAAUAAGAAGGAAACAGUGAGCACGUCGGUAGCGUCCGUCGAAACUCUACGGACUAUGAUAUGUAAUUGUAGUGAGUAAACUCAGUUUAGCUUGUGCGAAGGUUGUGAGAACUAUGGCAAUGCAUGCUUUUUUGUGGACAUCGAGUGGCAAUUUCAUCUUGUUUGUCUUACAUAAUUAAG